UACCUAAAUGGUCGGGCACUUAAGGUGUGUCGGAAUAAAUACGGGCUAGAUGUGCGUUAUCUUCAUAUAUAAUACCUGGUGUAUAUCGAAAACAAGAAAGGAACAUAAAGACAACCUACUAUCAAAUAACCAAUAACAAACUGUGACGUCACACUGAUGGGUUGUUCGGCAUCACAGGUUCGGAGAAAUGGGACACAAGAACAGUCUGGAGUGGUACCAGUGGGUUUAUAUGUUGGCAGAAAGAACGGAACAAAGCAGUUCGACCCUAACAAUGAAAACAGAUUUAUAAUCCAAUAUUAUAAUGGCAAGCACAAAAUGUACCUUAAACUUGAACCGGGUAAUUUGGUCGGCUCAUAUCUUACUGACUUGGAUUCCUCAUUAUGCCCGUAUUGCGCCGUGUUUAGAAAGCAUAUCGUUUUGGAACAGUCACGGCCCGUAAUCUGCCACACCAUCACAUAUACAGGCGCUGAUAGGCGGUCCCGGUUUACGGUGUCCAUUACUCCGGACUUCACAUUGGAAUUGCUGGAGGAUAUUCGCCCGGCAGCAUUCCUCCAUUGUUUAUUUAAACUUCACCAAAAUUCGGCUGGUCUGAUGAAAUUGGAGAGCAUGAUGUAUAAUGGGGUAUACCUCUUUGUUGAUAAUGACACAAACAAAGCCGUGUUUCGCGUCCAUAGACAACUUUCUGACUUACCGAGCCAACUGUUCAGGUUAUUUCCCUGCCCAGAUCGUACUGUCAGCACAACAACGAUCGCGGUAAACAGAUUUUAUCGGCAAUCAAAUCGUCGCUUAUGUGGCAACAAUAGUGAUCGUGAAUUGGAUAUUGAAUCUGUAACAAAUGUUGAAUGGGAGGAAAGGGCUGUAACAAGUACCGCCAAUAGAGACUAUGUUACAUUUGACUAACGUGAAGAAUUAACGAUUAGAUCGAGGAAGAGAAUAUCUAACAUUUGAUCAACGACAGGAAUAAACAAUUGGAUCGAGUAAGAGAAUAUCUAACAUUUGAUCAACGACAGGAAUAAACAAUUGGAUCGAGGAAGAGAAUAUCUAACAUUUGAUCAACGACAGGAAUAAACAAUUGGAUCGAGGAAGAGAAUAUCUAACAUUUGAUCAACGACAGGAAUAAACAAUUGGAUCGAGGAAGAGAAUAUCUAACAUUUGAUCAACGACAAGAAUAAACAAUUGGAUCGAGGAAGAGAAUAUCUAACAUUUGAUCAACGACAGGAAUAAACAAUUGGGUCGAGGAAGAGAAUAUCUAACAUUUGAUCAACGACAGGAAUAAACGACUGGAUCGAGGAAGAGAAUAUCUAACAUUUGAUCAACGACAGGAAUAAACGACUGGAUCGAGGAAGAGAAUAUCUAACAUUUGAUCAACGACAGGAAUAAACGACUGGAUCGAGGAAGAGAAUAUCUAACAUUUGAUCAACGACAGGAAUAAACAAUUGGAUCGAGGAAGAGAAUAUCUAACAUUUGAUCAACGACAGGAAUAAACAAUUGGAUCGAGGAAGAGAAUAUCUAACAUUUGAUCAACGACAGGAAUAAACAAUUGGGUCGAGGAAGAGAAUAUCUAACAUUUGAUCAACGACAGGAAUAAACGACUGGAUCGAGGAAGAGAAUAUCUAACAUUUGAUCAACGACAGGAAUAAACGACUGGAUCGAGGAAGAGAAUAUCUAACAUUUGAUCAACGACAGGAAUAAACAAUUGGAUCGAGGAAGAGAAUAUUUAACAUUUGAUCAACGACAGGAAUAAACAAUUGGAUCGAGGAAGAGAAUAUCUAACAUUUGAUCAACGACAGGAAUAAACAAUUGGAUCGAGGAAGAGAAUAUCUAACAUUUGAUCAACGACAGGAAUAAACAAUUGGAUCGAGGAAGAGAAUAUCUAACAUUUGAUCAACGACAGGAAUAAACGACUGGAUCGAGGAAGAGAAUAUUUAACAUUUGAUCAACGACAGGAAUAAACGACUGGAUCGAGGAAGAGAAUAUCUAACAUUUGAUCAACGACAGGAAUAAACAAUUGGAUCGAGGAAGAGAAUAUUUAACAUUUGAUCAACGGCAGGAAUACACGAUUUGGUCGAGGAAGAGAAUAUCUAACAUUUGAUCAACGACAGGAAUAAACGACUGGAUCGAGGAAGAGAAUAUCUAACAUUUGAUCAACGACAGGAAUAAACAAUUGGAUCGAGGAAGAGAAUAUCUAACAUUUGAUCAACGACAGGAAUAAACAAUUGGAUCGAGGAAGAGAAUAUUUAACAUUUGAUCAACGGCAGGAAUACACGAUUUGGUCGAGGAAGAGAAUAUCUAACAUUUGAUCAACGACAGGAAUAAACGACUGGAUCGAGGAAGAGAAUAUCUAACAAUUGAUCAACGACAGGAAUGAACGACUGGAUCGAGGAAGAGCAUAUCUAACAAUUGAUCAACGACAGGAAUAAACAAUUGGAUCGAGGAAGAGAAUAUCUAACAUUUGAUCAACGACAGGAAUAAACAAUUGGAUCGAGGAAGAGAAUAUCUAACAUUUGAUCAACGACAGGAAUAAACAAUUGGAUCGAGGAAGAGAAUAUUUAACAUUUGAUCAACGGCAGGAAUACACGAUUUGGUCGAGGAAGAGAAUAUCUAACAUUUGAUCAACGACAGGAAUAAACGACUGGAUCGAGGAAGAGAAUAUCUAACAAUUGAUCAACGACAGGAAUGAACGACUGGAUCGAGGAAGAGCAUAUCUAACAAUUGAUCAACGACAGGAAUGAACGACUGGAUCGAGGAAGAGCAUAUCUAACAAUUGAUCAACGACAGGAAUGAACGACUGGAUCGAGGAAGAGCAUAUCUAACAAUUGAUCACAUGUGAUAAAUAAUACCUACCGACUAAGUGAAUCAUUUCAUACAGUAGACACCUAACUUUUAAGAUGAGAAUUAAUAUUUGUAAUGUUGGAUUUAUCCUCCAAUAGCUACAUACUAACAUUACAAUGCAGAGACAAACGCCAAUUUCUGCAAAGAUAUAACUUGAAAGUAAGAAAAUAUCAACUCCUGCAAAUAAGAUUUCAUUUUCUGAAAUAAUUUGGAAGUAGUUACUUUAUUAGCAUAAUGGCAAUACCCAAGCUUAGAUGUCUAGAACUAGUUACACAUACAGUAGAUAUAUAGCAGGUACUUAUUAACACACGCACCAUUUAGUAGUAGCCACCAAAUAAUGUCAUAUUUUAUUUUAUUACAUAAUUCGUUUGACUGUCCUUAACUCUACGCAUAAGCUAUAUUUUGGACUAUUGCAUGGAUAAAAUGAAUAUUGAACGGUCACGUGCGAACUAUUGAACACCGCGUGACGUUUCAGAAUAUAGUCCUGCCGUUGCAAACGUCUGAGUCACGCAGAUGUCAAAACUGCCAGACGACUGUCAUGGCGACUUCUGACUUCUAGACAUACAGGAGAGUCGUGACUUCAGUGAUUCUAGGUGUGAUUAAAAUAUAAAAACAAUUAUAGCAUGGGUGUCCGUGGAACAGUCCAGAUACUUGACCCUCGGUACUGGUAAUCGACCGAUGUUCUAUUGCACUCGACCUUCGAUUAAUAUGGUAAGGUUACAUCAGACACUGUAUUAAACAAUAAUACUUCGAUUGCCAUACAAUGUCUGAUACAUGUAUAUACAAUGACCCGUGUGGUGUGAUUUGAACUAAAACGUCAUGCAUUAGGACAUUGGUACACAGAUGAUUAUUAGGAUUAAGGUUAGUGUUAGGGUUAAAAUGGCGAAACUGCAUUACAAAAUAAUUUGAAGCAGUUUCAAAAGAUUGACUACGUUAUCGCAAUUUAAGGUUCUUUGUUAUUUGACUCUGAUAUAUUCUUCUACUUAUAUUAACGCCAUGUGUUACUGGGAACCAUUGUUAUCUUUUCCGUUUUCUCCUUACACAAUAAUAAAUAACAUAUUGAUUCAA